AUGAGUUUCUCUAUUCUCCACCUUAUCUCAUUCUUCAUUCUUUUCCCUUUCUUGCAACAAUCUUCCCAUGCCAUCAAAAAGUCUUAUAUUGUCUACUUAGGAUCACAUUCUCAUGGACCAAACCCUUCAGCAACUGAUCUUCAAUCUGCAACAAAUUCCCAUUACAAUUUACUUGGCUCACACUUGGGAAGCCAUCAGAAAGCUAAGGAAGCAAUGUUUUACUCAUAUAAUAAACACAUCAAUGGUUUUGCUGCUGUACUUGAAGUAGAAGAAGCAACAAAAAUUGCAAAACAUCCAAAUGUAGUGUCUGUGUUUGAGAACAAAGGACAUGAAUUGCAAACCACAAGAUCAUAG